AGAAAAACCAUUCUUCUUCUGUUAGUUGCUUAUCAUUUUACAAUGGGUGUCAUGAAAAAUAACUUGAUACUUGUCUUCUUAGUGCUCUUGUCCCUAUUCAACUUUAAUUUAGGUGUUCCUGUUCAAUACUCCAUUUUGGGUUAUGAUCCUGAUGAAAUAUUCUCGGAUGAAGGAAUUUCUCUACUCUUUGAGCGAUGGAUACAUAAGCAUGGAAAGGCGUAUGCAAGCCUAGAAGAAAAGGAGAGGCGAUUCAAGAUAUUUCAAAGUAAGCUGGCUUACAUAAUCGAUUGGAACUCCAAGAGAGGGCCAUCUGAUCAUAUUUUGGGACUCACACAAUUUUCCGAUAUGAGUUUUGAAGAGUUCAGUGAGGUUUAUCUUUCAAAAUUGAAUACUACACAACUCAUGUCGCUUGAAGCAAAUAAAACGAGGGUUAAGGCUUCAUGCACUCCUCCCUCAACAUUUGAUUGGAGAACUCAGGGAGCUGUAACCGAGGUUAAAAAUCAGGGAUAUUGUGGAAGCUGCUGGGCAUUCUCAUCUGCAGGCGCGAUAGAAGGAAUAAACUAUAUCGUCACUAGAAACCUUAUAAGUCUAUCAGAACAACAAAUACUGGAUUGUAGUCCCAAAGGUGAUUGUGGAGGAGGUUGGAUAUCUGUGGCUUUCCAGUGGGUCAUCGGUAAUGGGGGUAUAUCUAGUGAAGACAAUUAUCCCUACAUUGGACAAAAAGGGAUUUGCAAAAAUAAUGUGGUUAAAGCAGCAACAAUUGAUGGAUAUAGUUUGGUUUAUAAUGAUGAAGAAUCCAUUCUUUGUGCAGUUUUUCAACAACCUGUUAGUGCAUUGAUAUUAGCUCCAGCAGAUUUUAGUCAAUACAGAGGAGGGAUCUACAAAGGAUCAAGCUGCCCAACAAACAAUCCAUCAAACGUCAAUCAUGCAGUUUUGAUCGUGGGUUAUGGGACCACGUCUUCUGGCACUGAUUAUUGGAUAAUUAAGAACUCAUAUGGAAAUAACUGGGGCAUCUCAGGAUAUAUGUUAAUGGAAAGAAACCAUAAAUUACCAUAUGGAGUAUGCAACAUCAAUGCAUAUAUUCGCUAUCCCACGAAAUAUGCGACUUCGUCAUUCACAUCCAUCCCCGCUUAAAUGUUCAUGCCGUUGCAGAAAGUUUAGUAUGAAGACUAGCUUUAUGUCAAGGACUUUAUGUGGAGAUUCGAUGAGCGUAACUAUAAUAAAUGCAAGAAGCUUCCAAACCCUUUCAUAUCAUUCCAGCUGAAGGAGGAUGUCGCUAUUAAUAAAACUAAAGAGAGAGGAGGCUCGUUAAAGUUCAUGUGUAGUAAAUAAUAAUGUGUGGAAGCACUAUUUGAUAAAUUAAUAAAUAUCACAUAGUUAGUGAUAUCCAUGCUUCUUCUCA